UUGGAAGAAGAAUUGUCUUGGGCCACACAUAAAAUACACUAACACCAGCAAUUGUUGAUGAGCUAAAAAAAAAUUGCAAAAAAAAAAAAAAAACUCAUAAUGUUUUAAGAGAGUUUAUUAAUUUGUGUUGGGCUGCAUUCUAAACUGUCUUGGCUGCAUGCAGCCUGCAGGUGUGGGCCAGGGGUUGGACAAGUUUGCCAUAGAGGGUGGCUUGGUUGGAUGAGGGUGCUAGAAUUCAGAGGACGGUCACUGUGCAGUGAGAGUUGUCUUGGCUGUAGGACUGGAGUUGGUAAAAUGAAAAAAAGAAAAAACUAGUUUUGCAUGAAAGAAUGUUUCCAGCAUAUGAAUGUCCCACCACACUUUUAGUUAGUCUUGGCUGUACAUGUUGCAAUAAGUCAAGGAACCCUACAAAGUAGGAAGGAAGGAUUCAAACUGCGAAUCGCUUGAACCCGGAAGGCGGAGUUGGAGUUUGCAGUGAGCCGAGGUUGAGCAACUGCACUCCAGCCUGGGCGACAGAGUGAGACUCCGUCUAAAAAAAAAAAAAAAAAAAAAGAUUCAAACUGCUUUUGAAAAAAGUAAAAAUGCAGGGUUAUAUUUUAGAAAUAGCGCAGCCAAUCAUUAGUGGCUAUUCCUAAUAUGUCAAUUUGGGGUCUAUAGAAGACCUACCUAGAGGCCAGCAACUAUUAAUUGAUGCUUAUAGCACCCAAUGAAACUGCCCUUGCCUUUGAAGCCCCCAUUUAGCUAAGGGGAUGGGAUGUGAAUUUAGAACAGGACGUGAAAAGUGCAAAAUGCUCCCGGACUCAGAUCGGAUAAACCUCUUCUAGGCUGUCUUUCUCUUCUGAAGCCACAGUUUUGAUGCUUUCCCUAAUUCAGAGCAGGCUUUCCCGGAGUCUCUGACUCAGAGCAGCCCGAGCCACCGUGAGGACCGCCCACCUGCAGGGGGCGCGCCGGGGGCUGCAGCGCGAGACCGCUCUGGCCCAGCGGGGACUCCGACUACCCCUGUCUGGCCCCUCCCCUCCGCCCGUCACCGCCGCCUUGAAGCUGCUGCUGUUGCUGUCGCUGCUGCUCGUUCGAGUCGCAGAUCCUUGCCAGCACAUUACAGAAUAUUUUUGUUGAACCUUCUUGAGAAUUCAGAGAAACUGCUGAGUGACCACUGAACGAAAAGAUCUAAUCUUAAGGCUUACGCCUCACUUUGAUGCCCAGGCUGGAGUGCUGUGGCUCAAUCACAGCUCAUCGCAACCUCGACCUCCCGGACUCAAGUGAUCCUCUCACCUCAGCGUCCCGAACAGGCGUGUUCCAUCCACCACAUCAGAACAAUGUCGUAUGUUUUUGUAAAUGAUUCUUCUCAGACUAACGUGCCCUUGCUACAAGCCUGUAUUGAUGGGGACUUUAAUUAUUCCAAGCGGCUUUUGGAAAGUGGCUUUGACCCAAAUAUUCGUGACAGCAGGGGCAGAACAGGCCUUCACCUUGCAGCAGCUCGAGGGAAUGUAGACAUCUGCCAGUUACUGCAUAAAUUCGGUGCCGAUCUUCUGGCCACAGAUUAUCAAGGAAACACAGCUCUUCACCUCUGUGGCCAUGUGGAUACUAUCCAAUUUUUGGUUUCCAAUGGACUCAAAAUUGAUAUUUGCAAUCAUCAAGGUGCUACCCCUUUAGUUCUGGCAAAGCGCAGAGGAGUAAAUAAAGAUGUCAUCCGAUUGCUGGAAUCUUUGGAAGAACAGGAGGUGAAAGGAUUUAACAGAGGAACCCACUCGAAACUGGAGACCAUGCAAACAGCUGAGAGUGAAAGUGCCAUGGAAAGCCAUUCACUCCUCAAUCCCAACCUGCAGCAAGGUGAAGGAGUCCUCUCCAGCUUCCGAACCACGUGGCAGGAGUUUGUGGAGGAUCUGGGCUUCUGGAGAGUAUUGCUGUUGAUCUUCGUCAUUGCUUUGCUGUCUCUUGGCAUUGCUUAUUAUGUGAGUGGGGUGCUACCCUUCGUGGAAAACCAGCCUGAACUGGUGCAUUAAAGGAGCUCAUGGAAGAUGAGGCAAUUAAUUGCCUGUUUCCUGGCUUCCAAUGUUUGUUCUCAGUUUCUCAGAAUUUUUCUUAGCGCAAAGCAGUGAGGGCAGUACAUGUUCUUUUUGCAUUUUUAAUUAUUGUAAUCCUUUUAGAUAAUGAUGUGUUCAUUUGAACUAACUACAUACUAUGAUCAAGUAUAUUGCAUCCUAACGCUACCUCUGACUCAACCUGACUUUGUAGGGAAGCCUACACAUAGCCUUGUUUGAUAAAAACACGGAAGUGACUAGAGAAUGGAAGAUAAAGGAAGAAGCUAGGAAGUCCUUGCUAUCAAAACCUUAUCCUAAUAUAGGACCAAUUGAAGUAUUCAAAAAGAAAAACAGUAUCUUAUAUGAUUAGUUUUUGUUGGUGGUUUUGUUUUCAUUUAUUUUUGCAAGAGCCACUUUUUAUUUACUUUCUCUAGGGAUAAGAGAUAAAACUUGAAGUACUUUUUUCAAAUCUUGUGUGCAAAUUAGUAUUGUUAGCAUCUAUUUGGCUUAUUUUAGUAUUUUUAAGUCUAGUCACAAACCAAACAAAACUUUUGAAAAUGAGCUAUAUUUUGUUCAAAGAUAAUUGAUUUGAUCUUAUAUUUAUUUGUUUUUAGGAUAAUUUUUGAUCUUUUUGUAAACUGCUUUGCUUGUUAAUAUCUGUGAAAAAUAAAUGAGUUCAUUUUGUUCACUUUCCAAUUUUCCCUAGUAUCCUAGUCAUCAAAGAUAACAGUUCAUCAGAAUUACAGUCAGAAAAUCCUUUUUUCUACUGAAUAGUUAGCAGGGAAAAAUAAUUCUGAUAUUUAACUGUCAUAAUUCUGUAGUGCUAUUAUAGUGAAAAACUCAGUUCUAUAAGCUAGCUGUGUUGUCACAGUUUUAUCAUAGUUCGUAAUUAUUUCAUGUGCAAUCCUAUUUGGAGGGCCUGUUAGACUUUUAACAAUCCCAUCCAUAUCUGUAAUUCUCUGAUGGCAAGAAUGGAUGGAGCAUUUCUGAGUUAACAGUGCUGAACAGUAUCGUACUGGGUGUCAUAAACUCUUUAUGAAUGGUAAUAUUAUGUAAAUUGAAAUCUGGCCCUCAAACUAUAUUGCAGCUUUCAGCAGUAUGUUUGAAGGCCUCUUUCGUUAAUGAUUCUAUAAUGUAUGAAUUAUGUUCUUGAGUGGUUAAAAAAGAAUAUGAAGGCUUGAUAAUUAUUCAUUGGGUAAAGUCAGGAAAUUGUAGUGGAAGAACUAAUGGUUUUGUUUUUUGGAAUAGAGGCACCUAAGCUAUUGCUAAUUGAAUUGCUGCUAGAAUUAGAAAUUAUGCUUUAGAAUAGAAUUGGUAUUUCUGUGAUUCUUUUUGCUUCUUGGUAUUUUCUCUUGUAUCUAUGUAUCUAGUAUUGAGGCUUGCUCUUUCAUGUGGCUUUAUCCUCUCUUUAAUAGCUGUUGUAAAAUUCCUGAGUAACUGGCUGCUUCAGGAUCAGCUUGCAGAGUCUUGCUUUUAGGUUAGAUACAAACAAAGUAAAUCAUAGUUGGUGUAAAUCCAGCAAAAAACAGCUGGCUUUGGAAUGGAGAACACUACAAUUCAAAUUUGAAGUAUAUUCAGAAGAAAACUUUGGAAUUAGCUUUACAUUUGUUUGUAAAUCUAAACAAAUAUGCAAAAUUGGUCAAAAUGUAAGUAUAUAGCAUUUUUAAAGAUUAAUGGUUCCUUUUAUGUGCUGAUUUCUUUGUAUUCUGUUCUCUGCAUUCAUCAUUCAGGAAUACCACCAAUAAAUGUAUUUAUAUAUCCCUUAA